AUGCGCAUCCCACGAGCCCUACGCCGUCGUUCAACUAAGCAAGUGCUCAUCCUUGUUUUCAUCUUAUUUAAUAUCUUCGAGGUUGCUCAGAUUCUGCGCUGCGUUUCGAGGCCUACGGAUGAACCUGUUGCUCAACGAUCGGAACGAGUGUAUAUCGCUAGUAUACAUUGGAAUAAUGAACGGAUUCUGCAAAGUCAUUGGAACGAUGCUAUAGUCGCUCUGACUAAUGCGCUUGGCCGAGAGAAUGUCUUCGUUACCGUCUACGAAAGCGGGAGUUGGGACGACAGCAAAGGCGCCUUGAGGGAGCUUGACAUGGCGCUAGCGGCACAUAAGAUCAGGCGAAACAUAACCUUGUCGGGGACUACUCAUCAAGACGAGAUAUCUGUGGUGAACAGAGGCUCAGGCUGGAUUGACACCCCCAGGGGAAGGAGAGAGCUCAGGCGGAUACCAUAUCUUUCUCGACUUCGUAACUGGACCCUGGAGCCUUUGCAGGAGCUAGCCCGGCAGGGGGAGCGGUUCGACAAAGUUCUUUUCUUGAACGACGUUGUAUUUAAUACGGACGACGUCUUCCGAUUACUCAACACAAACGACGGAGAUUUUGCAGCCGCUUGCUCACUGGACUUUAGUCGGCCUCCGCAGUUCUACGAUACAUUUGCGCUCCGAGAUGCCGAAGGUCAUGAAAGACUUAUGCAGAUGUGGCCUUAUUUCCGAGCAAGGGAAUCUCGAAGAGCGAUGUUAGGAAACCGUCCAGUGCCAGUGACUAGUUGUUGGAACGGCAUGGUUGCGAUGCCUGCUGGACCUUUCGUUUCGAGUCCCCCGCUUCAAUUUCGUGGGAUUUCGGACUCUCUUGCAGCUUCGCAUCUCGAAGGUUCUGAAUGUUGUCUAAUACACAUAGACAACCCUCUUCGCGUCAAGAAGCGAACGUACGUGAACCCGCAGGUGCGUGUAGGCUAUAGUGGUGAGGCAUACGAUGCUGUACAUCCGCAAGGAUUGCUGCUAUCGUCUUGGCAGGUUUUCAAGGCCCUGUGGGAAAACCGCAUCCGCCGAUGGGUAACCUCACCUUGGCUUAAAGAGUGGAAGGUGUCAAGGAGAGUUGGGAAGUGGAAAAGCAUGAGCAAAGAAAAUGAAGAAACUGGAGAGAUUUGCCUCAUUAACGAAAUGCAAGUACUUGUUGAGAAUGGCUGGGCCCACGCCUAG